GGUUCUCCUAUCGGCAUGUUUCUCUAUGGCAUCUCUCUGCGCCAUGGAUGGGGCUGUCAACUAAACGGCUCGCUUGCUUUUCAUUAUCUUCAAAAAGCUGCCGAGCAUGCUGUCGAUGAAUUACUCCAGUUGCAUGGGAUGAAUAACAACGCAUUGGCCUCCAAAGGAGAACUUAUUAUGGCUAUAUAUGAAUUGGGUGUAUCGUUCCAACAAGGCUGGGGAGUUCCGAAGAAUAGAGAAACCGCCUUUUAUUACUUUAAAAUUGCUGCUGAAUUAGGAGAUGCUGAUGGACAGAAUGAUGUUGCACAUUGCUAUUAUAAUGGCCAUGGUGUGAAAAAGGAUCUCUUUCAGGCUGCUAAGUAUUAUCGUCUGGCAGCAGCUCAGGGACAUGGCAUCCUCGGCAAUUCAUGGAUCUUCAAGCCAAAAUAUAAUCUAUAA